AAGAAAACCAAACAAGACCUGAAACUGAGUUGAGUCAGAAAAAAAAAAAAAAACCCACAAUGGAUCCAUUAACAGCACUUCGGGAGAUGACAAUCCAAAAAUCAUUAGACAAAAUCGUCCGAGUCGGAAACGAGUACAGAUUCAGCUCAACACUCUCCUUCCCCUGCACUAUCGAAACUGCAUACAGAUCAAAACAAGGUAAUUUAUACACUCUCGAAACCCUAGUUUACUUUAUUCAAAAUCUCAAUAUUAAGCAUCACGAUUAUAUCCGUAACGCCGGCACGCAUAAAAUCCCUGCUGUCACUUUAUUAGAUAGAAAGCCCUUAAUUGAUUACUUACAAGGUAGGGUUAGCUCAACCGACGCUAUCGAAUUCCUGCCGUCUGAUUAUAAUUUGAAUGUACCUGCCCCGGAUAUUAAUAAUAGUAAUAUUUACGGUGUCGGUUUUGAUAGUUAUGAUGAUAGUGUUAAUAAUGAGAGGGAUGAGAGUGAAAAUAGGCGUAAAAGGCCGUUGGAUUUAGUUAAGGAAAUGGAACGGCCGUUGAGGGAUAGAGAGAGUGUUUUGGAAUGUAGGCAUAGGGAUUUUUAUAGUGUGUUAACGGCUGCGAGUAAGAGAGACGAGGAAAAGCAGAAGGAGGAGUUGCAGCAACGGAAAGACGGGUUGGUUGCGAAAAGUAGGGUUGGGGAUGAUUUGAUGUUGGGGAUGAUGGAAGGGACGCCGAGAGGGAAGAUGAUGAAAGGGAGUAAGAUUGGUGACGGGGUGCCGAUUAUUUUGGUGCCGUCUGCUUCGCAGACGUUGAUUACGAUUUAUAAUGUGAAGGAGUUUUUGGAAGAUGGGGUUUUUAUACCGACGGAUGUGAAGAUGAAACAGAUGCAAGGGCCGAAACCAGAGUGUGUGACGGUUUUGAAGAAGUUUAGUAGUAGAGAUAGAGUUGUGACGGCUUAUGAGGUCAGGGAUAAACCGGCUGCGUUGAAGGCAGAGGAAUGGAGUAGAGUUGUGGCGGUUUUUGUCUUGGGGAAAGAAUGGCAGUUUAAAGAUUGGCCUUUUAAGGAUCAUGUUGAGAUUUUCAAUAAAAUUCUUGGAUUUUACAUGCGUUUUGAGGAUGACAGUGUUGAGUCAGCAAAGAAUGUGAAACAAUGGAAUGUGAAAAUCAUAUCGAUAAGCAAGAACAAAAGGCACCAGGAUAGAGCUGCUGCACUUGAUGUUUGGGACAGACUAGAAGAAUUUGUGCGUUCACGGUCACGUUCCUGAAGUGCAUAGAUAGGCUUUUAGAGUGGGAUGUGAUUGUCUGGUCAAUGUGUUGAGAGCAGAAGAGACUAACAUGAAGUACAAAGUUAUGCUAUGGCGAAGUAAGACAACUGCUACUUGGAACUUGUGUAUGUUUUUAUAUUUAGUUGACAUAUAGAAUUCCAAGAACGUCUUAUUUAUGAGCGCAUUGCAGGUGAAGUAUCGUUCUUUCUUAUCCUCAUCUACUUGCUUCGUACUACUACUCUAUUAAACUUUGUUGUUGUAGGCAAAAUGCUUAAAUUAAAUAUUUAUCCGUUCUAAUUGAUGAUCUAUAUUUGAUUUGUGUCUA